CAAUGAAUGCUUAUAAAGUUGCUACCUCGUUCGCGUCCGUCGUUCGUUUUCGCUUCAUCUCACCAUCUUUGAUAAAAACUAAAAAUAGUUCUAUGUUACGGGUUCACUUUAGUUUAACUAAAACGCAAAAUAAAGCAACGUUUACUACAACAGUGGUCAGAGAAAAUCCAAAAAAGCCGAUUAGAGCAACAGGAAGUAGUCAUCAAAGAAUAUACAAAGAAGCCGAGCCUUAUUAUUUAGAUACAUUUCAGACACCGAAAGAGUCAAAAAGGAAAACAUAUUCGCCAUUCGUUACAAGAAUAUUAGUUCGUCUCGGAAAAUUAUUAGGAUAUUAUGAUUUGCCAGUACAAGCUAUUCGUGUAACAAGAGAAAUGUACCAAAUGUGUGCAUUACGGUUAGAUGAAAAUAGAGAGUUUUUUAUUGAUACUUGCGGAUUACCAGAUAGCUUUCAAACAUGGUUUCAAAUAACCUUAUUACAUGUUUGGAUGUUGAUGGUUAGGUUUAGACCUGAAAAUGAUGGAAAAGUAUAUAUGCAGCAAUUAGUGAAUCAUUUAUUUGAUGAUGCGGAAUGGCGAAUGCGAGAGAUACAUGGU